AUGGUGGACUGUGGUUUGUCGGUGCUUAUGGUUGAGGCGAGAGAUCGUGUUGGUGGACGGACUUAUACAGUGGAAUCGGAUGGAACUUUAUACGAAAUGGGCGGAACUUGGGUAACGCAUCACAUGGCGUACCUCUUCAAGGAAAUGACGCGAUACAAGAUGGAUAAGGAUCUAACGCUUACCCACCAUCGCGGAUACGGCAAUGACUACUACACGAUCAAUGUGCCCGACGCCACACCCCGAACCCUCACGCACGAAGAAGCCGGGCAGAUAACCGCGCGAGCAUGGUCCAUCUUCGUCAAUGCAGACGGCCAAAACUGCCGUGCCAUCUGCCCACUGCCGCACUCGCAACUCAACAACAUCCUAGUAUCCCGAGAAGAAGUAGAGCGCUACGACAAAAUCUCUUGCCGAGAUCGCUUCGAAGAAAUCAAGCAUCUACUAUCCACCGAAGAAGCCUGGAUCCUAACAGCCCUCCUCCUCCACAUCACCGGGGGUAGCAUGGUAAAUUCAAGUCUGUGGGAUAUGAUUCGCUCCCAGGCACUUAUGUCCUACGAUCCAGCGAACUUCUCGCCUAUCUGGACAACCUUUAAGCUGCGUCAGGGACAAUCUGCGCUGGCUGGCGCUAUGUUUCAGGAUGCAGUUGACAACGGCCUUCAGUAUGUCUUCCAGACACCCGUGAAAUCGAUCGUUGAGCGCUCGAAUGUAGUCACGGUUACCACCCUCGCAGGAAGGGUGUUUCGUGCCCGCCGAAUGGUCAGCACGAUACCACUCAAUGUCCUGCAUACCAUUAUGUUUGACCCACCGCUGUCUCCGACACGCCAGGAAGCUAUCACGAUAGGGCACGUCAACUACAUGAACAAGAUCCACGCGGACGUCGAGGGAUCCGGGCUGACGUCUUGGAAUGGAAUGAGAUACCCCAAUCUCCUAAUGUUUGGAUACGGUGAUGGGGUCACCCCUAGCGGCCGUGCGCAUAUCGUCGGAUUCGGGAAAGAUGAACGUGCCACGUUCGUACCAGAGAGAAAUCCGGAGAAGGCUGUGGAUGCGUUUCAAAAGCUGCACCCUAUGGAAGUGAACAAAAUGAUCUUCCACAACUGGAAUACCGAUCCGUGGUCCCUCGGUGGACCGGCAUGGUGGCCGCCUGAGUUCAUGACCAAGUAUCAGGAGGAGUUGCAGAGUCGGCACGGGCUUGUUUUCUUUGCGUCGGCAGACUGGGCGCAUGGCUGGCGAGCGGCAAUUGAUGGAGCAUUGGAGCAGGGAUCUCAGGCGGCUUUGCAGGUUGUGAAGGAGAUUAGGGAGAUGAGGGGGGUUAUGGCGAGGAUUUAG